UACCAAUUGAUCAAUUAUACAAUGACAUGUUCACUGUUUGGCCAUUUAGCCCAUACACACACAGAAGCAAACAUGGCCAAUUCAGGACUACUGUCGGUCUGUUUCGAAUUCUGACAUAGUCAGAGGUAAAAAAGGAUUGUAAAAUAUAUAUAACAAAAAAAAGAAAUCUAUAGCACUACCACCAUCACCGCCGCACCCUCAAAUCCAUAGUUGCCGUCGCCGCCGUCUUCCGCCACUGAUGUCUCUGAGCUAGGUUUCUUUGCUGAUUUGGGAGUUAUACCGCCCGAGCCCACCAAGGGAUUUUGGUAUCCUCUUUCAUAGCAUACCGUGCCCCAUUUGGAACUAUGAUUUCUUUAUCAUGAAAUCAGCUGCCAAUUUGCUUCCAUUUCCAUGGGGAAUUUUCAGGGCCGGAAUUCUUGGCUCGGUACCUAGAAAUUACUCGACCUCAACAUCUGCUGUCCAAAUUCUAACCCUCAACAAGCCUAUAACCAACAACCCACUAUACAAUUUUCUCCCCGAAACCCAGAACCCAAACAACGUUGUCGCACUCGUCUGUUCAUCUCUCAAGCUAAAAGAUGGUGUCUUUUUGGAGUAUCUACGGCAGCAAGGGUCGUUUAGUCGUUUCACCAGCGAUGAGUUCUCGAGAAUCCUGUUGAGAUGUCAAUCUGAUUCUUCCGCGGCCCUCACGCUCUUCACCUGGGUAAGAAAUAACUUGGCCCUCAAACCCAAUGCUCAGAAUUACUGUAUUAUGAUUCACAUUUUGGUGUGGUCUAAAAAUUACAAGGAAGCAAUGAAAAUCCUGAUGGAACUGGUGCAGUUGAAUGGAAAUGGAAAUGUUUCGGAAAGAUUGAAUGUGUAUGAGAGCCUGAUUCUGUCUACAAAUGACUGUAAUUGGGACCCUGCUGUGUUUGACAUGCUCAUCAAGGCUUACCUCAGAAAGGGUAUGGUGAAAGAAAGUUUUCGAACUUUUAGAAAAAUUAUCAGGGCUGGGUUUGUUCCAAGUAUCGUUACUAUAAAUUGUCUUCUCAAUGGGCUUUCAAGGAUGGAUUUUGGGGGGAAAUGUUGGGAGGUUUAUGAAGAGAUGCGGAGAAUUCAGUUACAUCCGAACACAUGCACUUUUAAUAUAUUGACUCACUUGUUAUGCAAGGAGCGCAAUAUGGAUAAUGUGAAUGAGUUUUUGGAGAGAAUGGAGGAAGAAGGAUUUUGCCCUGAUAUAGUGACCUAUAAUAUGCUUAUUGAUAGGUAUUGUAAGGAAGGGAGGUUGAAGGAUGCGGUCUAUUUGUAUAACAUCAUGUUUAGAAGAGGUGUGGUUCCUGAUAUGAUCACAUACACAGCAUUGAUAAAUGGUCUGUGCAAGGGCGGGAAUGUGAGAGAGGCUCAUCGGUUGUUCCAACUGAUGGUCCAUAGAGGGUUGAAGCCCGAUGCUGUUUCAUACAAUACUCUCAUAUAUGGAUAUUGCAAAGAAGGAAUGAUGCAAGAAGCAAGAUCGGUGUUGUUUGACAUGAUUGGAAGAGGGAUUGCCCCUGAUAACUUUACUUGUUGGACGCUCGUAAAAGGAUAUCAAAAUCUGGAUAGGAUGAUAUCUGCACUGAAUCUGGUCUUGGAGCUCACACGCUUUGGAGUUGUGAUUUCUCAAGAUAUGUAUUGUUAUUUGAUUCUUGCUUUGUGUAAAGAGAAUAGACCAUUUGCAGCAAAGUCUCUUUUGGAACAGAUGUCUCUAAAUGGUUAUAUGCCAAGUGAGGAAAUGUACAAUGAGUUGAUUGAUUCCCUAUGUAGAGGCAAAUUUGUGAAUGAGGCAUUAAAAUUGAAAGUGGAGAUGAUAUCAAAGGAAAUGAAGCCUAAUUUGAGUGCUUACCGAGCUGUUAUUGUAGAAUUGUGUGGAUUAAGCAGAAGCAUGGAAGCUCUACUCUUGAUGCGAGAGAUGGUUGAAGCUGGUUUACCUAUAGAUAUUGAAAUUUGUCGUGCUUUGAUGAAUGGACAAUGCAAAGAGAAAAACAUCUUUGAGGCAGAAUCGCUGUUGAGUUUCUAUGCCAAGGAAUUCCAAAUCUUUGAUGCAGAAUGUUAUAAUGCACUUGUUGGGAUACUAUCUGAGGAGGGUGACACCUCCAAGUUGAUUGAAUUCCAAGAUAGGAUGGCAAAAUUAGGUUAUGCACCAAACAUCAUUACAUGCAAGUAUGUAAUUGAUGGAAUGUGGAAAGCGAUAGGAGUUCAGAGGAGACGUGAGCUUCUGGUGGAAUGAUGUUGCAUCUCAAAGAUAUCUCUGUUCAUUUCAGGUCCAAGUAUGAAAUUUCAGACUAAACUUACCAUUGUGAACACGAGAAAGUCAAAAUGUGAUUCGGAAAUUCUGUAGAUACAAGUUAAGUGAAAUGUAAAAGUAUAAUUUGUUCGACAUCUUUGUCGUGAUUAUUGCCAUCCUUACUUAUAUAUGGGGUUAUCAUCUUAGUUGGAGAUCAGAAAUUCCACUUAAUAUGGUGAAGUGAUCUUUUCUCUAGUUGGAGUGACAUUGCAACUUCUCCCCAAAAGAGUAAAAUGAAAAUGAUGAUGGAAACUUUUGGUUCAGGUAGGCAG